AUGUCCCAUCGUGGUCGAAGCACAUCGCCCCGUCGUACGACACAACCCGGCCACAGCAGACAAGGAUCGAACGACGAGAAUAUCUUCGACACUCGACAGAUCGAGGCGUUUGGCCGGACAGUGCAAGCUACGGCGAGCCAAUUAAUCUCUGCCAACUUCCCGAACGGUGAACAGAAUGGUCCGGACUCUUACCGAAGUGCUCUGACAUCUGUGCAAAGACAACUGCGGCGGCCGCUCAUACAGAGAAGUGUAUUCAGCUUCACGCAACAGUCACCGCGGGAGCUAUUACGGGCCAAGUUCAGCACCACGGAGGUCGAGCACCGAGCAUUGAGUUAUAUACCCCAGGAGCUGAUCAGGGCCGCUCCAGCCGGUCAGUCGCCUUUCAGCUUGUUUGAAGGCUUCAAGGCGAGUUUACCGGAGUCGGACGAUAACAGCAGAGGCGGCAGACGGAAAGCCUACGGCAGACAUGGCAGCAAACUGCUCGAAGGGCCAGAGGACCACAAAGGUCCACCUCAGCUGGUAAAGAUGAAGAAAGCGCGAGAUAAGCUUGAUCAUCAACUCGAGAUGAUGGGUAUAAGGAAGACGAUGUGUGCUGGCGAAAUACGAGAAAUUGAUGCUAAGAUCGCAAACAUGAAUACUAUGCGAAAAGUGGUGCUGGAAAGACUCGCCGGUCUCGAGCAGGAGGAGAAUGACAUGGAGCAGGAGAUUGGUGAGCUUUCUGAGCGAUUGGCUGAGAUGCAAGAACAGUUAGAGGAUGAAGCGGUGUUGGCUACGCAAAGUCCAUCCUUAGCAGCAGAGGGCGAGGCAGCGAGGCAUGAAGUUGAGAGGAAGUUGGAGGAGGAUGAGGAUGAUGCGGAGCCGGAUGCUGGUUUCAUGUCAGAGAGUAUAUAUGGCAAGCUGCCAAAGACACAAGAAUCGCCUAAGUCGAAGAAGAGGAGAGGCAUGCCGAAGCGCACUAUCUCGAUGCCCGUGCUUCACGAGCAUAUGGAGCCUGGAUCGCGUAUACGAGAGGUGCAAGCCCAUAACGAUACAAUCACAGCCAUGGACUUCGAUGCACCUUUCGGCACCCUGGUCACAGCAGCGCUAGACGAUACUGUCCGGGUCUGGGAUCUCAACGCUGGCAGAUGCAUGGGUAUGCUUGAAGGCCAUUUGAGCAGUGUACGAUGUCUGCAGGUCGAAGACAAUCUUGUCGCUACGGGUAGCAUGGACGCCAGUAUUCGACUCUGGGACCUCAGCCAGGCAGACUAUACUCCUCAGCAAGCAGCAGCUGGAAACAAUAUCAAUGAUAAGCCUGCAAGCGCUGAAGACGUGGAGGGUGACGAUGGCAGCGAUGGUGCUCUGUUCACACCUGCGGCUUCAGUAGCAGAUCUAUCAGCCCAGCCGCCUCCUCCAGAACCACAUGGCAAUGCCAUGGCAGACUGCCAUAUGUUCACACUUUCCGCUCACGUCGCUGAGAUUACAGCUCUCAACUUCCGCGGCAACACACUAGUCUCUGGCUCCGCAGACAAGACACUACGACAAUGGGAUCUGGAAAAGGGUCGUUGCGUCCAGACACUAGACGUAUUGUGGGCAGCCGCUCAAGCAUCGGCUAUAAAUCCCACAGCAGCCACUCCUACCAACACAACUGCAGACAAUGGCGCCGGCUGGUGGAAGUCAGGCGCUGGUCGCUUACGUUCCGGCGAAGCACAAGCCGAAGCAGAUUUUGUGGGUGCCGUGCAGGUCUUUGAUGCUGCUCUAGCUUGCGGUACCGCGGACGGCAUGGUGAGAUUGUGGGAUCUGAGGAGUGGUAUGGUACAUAGAAGCUUAGUCGGCCAUACCGGGCCUGUGACUGCGCUGCAGUUUGAUGACGUGUAUCUUGUUACUGGUAGUCGGGAUAGGAGUAUACGAAUAUGGGACCUACGAACAGGAACCAUCCACGAUGCUUUCGCCUACGACAACCCGAUUUCAUCUAUGCAAUUCGAUGCUCGUCGGAUUAUCGCCGCGGCUGGCGAGGAUGUGGUCAAAGUGUACGAUAAAGCUGAUGGAAGGCAAUGGGACUGUGGCGCUGGUGCCACUGCUGCGGAAACCGAGUCCAAGCCUUCGAUAGUGGAGCGGGUGAGGAUCAAGGAUGGGUACACGGUUGAAGGUAGACGGGAUGGUGUUGUCGGUGUAUGGAGCUGUUGA